AUGGCCGGUAGGACCACGUGCCGUUCGGUACCUUCUUUGGGUAAGCUGAAGCAGCCGAUCGCAAUGCAGGCCGAGAUCCAGCAAGUGGAGAGAGUGAGGAGGAAAGUCCCUGCCGAGGAGAGGGUGUAUCCGCAGUUCCUCUUCACCACCAAUCUGAUUCGGGCCCAGCUGGUCGAUCCUGCAGAGAUGACGGAAGAGAGGAGAGCUGCUGAGGCUAAGAGGAUGAACGAGUCCUCCAAGCGCCGUCUCAUGAUGGGCUUUCAGGGGAAGAAGAAGAAAACCCAGCCGCAGGGCUCGGCAUCGGUAGACCCGGAGGACCACACGCUGGCUGACCGUCUCCGUGAGCUCAACGCCGAUUCAGCACAGACCGGGGCGGCAGCGGUCGGCCCUUCUCCCCGCCGAGGCGCUACUACCGAAGGGACUUCCUCCUGA